CCUGGUAGAUGUCAAAGGCUGAAGCGGUUCCCUUUGCCACAAUAUAACUAGUAGGGGAUCUACACUAGCCAUGGCCACAGCUGCCUCGAAUCCCUACAGCAUUCUCACUUCCAACUCUAUGGUUCAUACAGACUCCUCGGUCAUGCAGCAAGGGAGUUCUUUUAGAAAUCACCAGAAACUUCUCCAAAGUGACUAUCUGCAGGGAGUCCCCAGCAACGGACAUCCUCUUGGGCACCAAUGGGUGACCAGCUUAUCUGAAGGAAGCCCGUGGUCAACGACAUUAACAGGUAGCCCUCUAGAGCAACAAGAUGUUAAACCUGGAAGGGAAGAUCUGCAACUCGGGGCUAUCAUCCAUCACAGGUCUCCCCACGUUGCUCAUCACUCGCCCCAUACAAAUCAUCCAGGUGCGUGGGGAGCUACCGGAGCUCAUAACUCAUCUCUAAACAACGGUGGACAGCCUAUCAACAUUUACGCACAGUCUGGGUUCACGGUCAAUGGUAUGUUGGAUCAUGGGGGUCUAACACCACCUCCAACAUCAGCACCAAGCCAAAGCUUACACCCAGGGCUCAGAGACACCCCGGAGCACGGAGAUAUAGGAGCCCAUCACUGCCACGACCAUUCAGACGAGGAGACUCCAACCUCGGACGAGUUGGAACAGUUCGCUAAACAAUUCAAACAAAGGCGCAUCAAGCUGGGUUUCACGCAGGCAGAUGUCGGACUUGCACUGGGGACCCUGUAUGGCAACGUCUUUUCCCAGACUACCAUCUGCAGGUUUGAAGCCCUGCAGCUCAGCUUUAAGAACAUGUGCAAACUGAAGCCCUUGUUAAACAAGUGGCUGGAGGAAGCGGACUCCUCCACUGGCAGUCCGAGCAGCAUUGAUAAAAUCGCAGCUCAAGGAAGGAAACGCAAGAAAAGAACGUCCAUUGAGGUGAGCGUCAAAGGGGUUCUGGAAACCCAUUUCCUCAAGUGUCCCAAACCUGCGGCCCAAGAGAUCACUUCUUUGGCGGACAGCCUGCAGUUAGAGAAAGAAGUGGUUCGCGUCUGGUUUUGUAACAGGCGGCAAAAAGAGAAAAGAAUGACUCCUCCGGGGGAGCAGCAACCGCACGAGGUAUAUUCACACAAUGUUAACACGGACACUUCAACAUGUCGCGAUCUCUGACCACAGCGAUGGGAUCCCGAAAACAACCCAAAAGACUCCCUUUGUGAAGAAUGGAAAUCUUAGAGGCUUUUUAAAUUAUGGGUCUUAUUUUUUUUCCCUCGGCUCGUAUGAUGAAUUGAUAGGAAUAUAAAAAAAAGAUACAGAACCUUUUUUUUUCGAAGUUGGGCGGUAUCUCUCGACAGUGUUUUUUUUUUUCCACAAAGGACCCUGUUUAUUACAAAAUUAUUAUUAUUAUUUUUAAUAUGUUUGAUUUUAUGCUUUUGUUUUGUCUUUCUUCAAGGAUUAAAAUACAGACAUGUGCCUAUUAACCUUCCAGCGCCUUCGUUUUUCGCAACAUAUAUAUCAGGUGAAUCAGUUACGUUAUGGGCAAUUUCUCUUUGUUUUCUAUUUUUUAUACUACAUUGCUAUGCGAGUUCUGGGUAUGCUACAUUUUUCAUCAGGGGCUGCUUAAAAGAAGAUGGGCGGGGGAGAGUUAAAUUGUGUUCACUUACUAAGUACUUGUGCAAAAAAAAAAAAAAUACAAGAGGAACACAAUACAGAUUUUUAUUUCUAUUUUUUCACAAUUCUGUAAAUCAAAAUUUGAGAUGCCAUGCAGGAUUCACAAUCUCGAUAAUAUGUUGUAUGGCUUUUUUUUUAAUUUAUGUGACGAUUAGGACACUUUAGCAUACAUAUGAAAUAUAUAUAUGGAAGUGAACAAUUGCUUUUGAAUUCAUUGGAACUGGUAAUGUACCUAGCUUUAAUGAAUGGUCAAAUAUUUUAUGCUUCGAAAUCAUACAAAACACUCGGUUUUGUGUUACUCUUUUACAGACCCCCCCCCCCCCCCCCCCCCCCCCCCCAAAAAAUGGGAUUCCAAAAUACUCUACACACACAAAUAAGUGGAAAUUUAAACGUGUACUAGUUUGCGGUUCUUGGCAGGAGUGAACUUAGUCCACCUUCAUGACCAUAUUACUGUGUAACAUGAUCUAUAUAUACAAAAAAAGACAACGAACCGUACGAUGCUACACUUAAAUUAUAGCUUUGUUUUGCUUUAUAUAUCAUUAUUUUAUUGUACACACUCAAUAUCUAAAAACAAAAUUUUUGUAUUCUUUAAUGCUCAAAGUAUUUGGUUUAUUUCUUUAAUAUUCCUUCCAGUAUUUGCUAUUGUACAGUUUUGUAUAAUAAACUUUUGGAAGUUAUUAAUUUAAAAAAGACCGUUUAGUUUAUUCAUGCAGUUUAGUGAUGUAAAAAUAAACGCUAUUUUUCAUUAAAACUGAGGUUUUCAGCAAUUUUAUUCCAAAUACCAAUGGCAGUCUUACAAUUAUUUAUUUUAAGUAUAAACCUUGUGUUAUGUUUUUUGAAACGAAAUGUACAACCGAUCUAAAAUGUAUGUUGGAAUAAUAAAAAUGAGCUUGUUAUUACA